AUGGCCAAGAAGAAGAGAACUCAGCUGAAGCCGAUCGUUCGUGGCUUUGCGACGACGUCGCAGCCCAAAAAGGUCGUUCCUGUAGUAGAGGCUCCAGAGGAAACCAGUCAAGCCGAGCAGCAGGGUAUACAUGACCCUGAGCCCGAUGCUCAUAAAUUGGGGUCCCAUACCCCUGGCCAACCUUUGGUCGACGAAUUCGAUCCGGAGAAAGUCGAGGAACAGUCACUCCAGAACCUAGUCGACAAGUUGCAGGAUAAAACGGAGAAGGAGAUCACGAGGACAAUCAAGAGUAUCGAGAUAGACAGGCGCUAUUCAAAAACUCUACCUUUGAUUGACCUUGACGGUGAUGUCGUGAACCACAUCCUGCAUUUGAUCUCUGAAUCUCGAGGGGAUGAAGGGAAGCGGCUAGUUGACGAGUCUGAAGAAAAAGUCAUUGCUCGGCUGGGAAUCACCUAUGGUGUCCUACGACGCUUGGGUUUCUCAGAGGAGCGAGUCGAAGAAUGUCUUCGGACUAUUAAUGGUGUCAAUCUUCAGGAAGCAUUUGACUGGCUCUAUAUCAAUUGCACCGAACAUGAACUCAAUCCGGAUAAGGCGUCAAACGAUGCCGAUAGCAAACCUCCUGUAACACCUGUAGCUCCAAGUUCCGCUCACACUCCACGGACGCCGACGGCCAAUCCUUCUUCAACUCCCCCAACUCCCAAUACCGUGUCACGGCUGGAUGCCAAUGCACGACCUUUCACUCCUCGCUCUAAUCCGCCUCCCAUACUUCCUCCAUUGAAUUCCGAAGACGAACAAGCAGACCUUAAAGCCCGUAUCUUGGCAAGAGUCUAUGAUGAUAAUGCAACUCCAUCAGAUACAGACCAUGCUGAUGACGAUCCCAAUCAAGAAUAUGUUCGAUUGAAGCUCAAGCUAGACAGUUUUGCGUCAGGGCGAACCGAAGAGAUGGCCGACCGUUCAUUUGUCAAAGAGCUGCAGAACCGUUUACAGAACAUCAAGGAGCAUUACUUUUUCGAUGCACGAGAUGCUGAAGCUAUGUAUCAAACCAAGCGGCGCGAGGCAGACGCGUUGAGUCUUCAGACCCGCUUGCGCGGAGACGAAAAAUCCUUCCAGCAGGGUUCGUCCAUACUUCCAGUCAAACGACGUCCCCCAAAGUUGGAACCUGCUCCAAUUGCUGUCGCUGCAGCAAAACCAGACUUCUUCGGGGGAGAUGACGCUGAAGAGCCUGCAGGUGGCAUGUUUGAGAUUCUUGAUGAGAUGCCGACUUCCGAAACCACCGAACAGGGGAUAACUUUACAAGUCCGUGAUAUGGCACUUCCAAAGCAUUGGUCAGGUCGCACCCCGAAGGUCUUGCUGACGGAGACGGUCACUAAAUCCGACCGUUUUGCUGUCAUCUCGUAUCGGAUAUUAUCUGGCGGAUAUCGUGCAAAGAGGGCCUCUGUCAGUAUUCGCUGGGGUACUGGUAAGGAAGGGGAGUGGACGAUGAUGGAUACUGCGUGCUAUGACGAGGGUCAAGCAGAGCAAUUCGUCGCUACUCUAGCGCUUCACUCAUUGACAUUCCCGGUAUCUGAAGGGUUUGCUUCUACCAGUUCUAGCUCUGGACAGACCUCUUUCCGACUGCUUCCACCAGUGUUUCGUGAACUCUGGGAUGAAUUGGAAAUCAAACGGAAGGCUUCAGAUGACGCGGCGAAUAGGGCCAUUUGGUCGAAGUUGAGAAGAAUACUUGAGCCCAAGAUGGAUAACGAAGAAAUGCCCACUGGCGUCAGCGGCAAGCAGCUUGCGGAUGAGAGGGCUAGUACCACCUUCCGAGGACCAUACGGUAGCAAAGAUACCAUCUCCGAACAGUUGUCAUCAAUGUUUAAAGCUCGGCAGGCUUCGCCGGCCUACCAGGACAUGCUUCUUCAACGCAAUCAGCUUCCGAUUGCACAAUAUCGAGACCAGAUCAUUUCUACAUUGGAGUCAUCACAAAUCUUGGUUUUGAGUGGCGAAACUGGAUGCGGCAAGUCCACCCAGGUUCCGACUUAUAUUCUGGAGGAUCAGCUUGCUCGCGGUAAACAUUGCAAGAUUUACUGUACGGAGCCGCGCCGGAUAUCCGCUAUCUCUCUUGCCCAACGAGUAUCUCAUGAGCUGGGAGAAGUUCUUGGUGCCGUUGGCACUAUGGCCUCCCUUGUCGGAUACUCCAUUCGUUUAGAAAGCAACACUACACGCAACACACGGCUAGCGUUCGUUACGAAUGGUAUCGCUUUGCGGAUGUUGGAAGGUGGUAGUGGACAGGGCGGGAUGGGGACUGCGUUUGACGAGAUAACCCACAUUGUCAUUGACGAAGUUCACGAGCGCAGUAUCGAGUCAGACUUUCUGUUGAUUGUUCUCAAAUCCCUGCUCCAACAGCGUAGCGAUCUGAAAAUCGUGCUCAUGUCUGCCACAGUUGACGCAGAGAAGAUCUCAGACUAUUUUGGUGGCUGUCCAAUUCUCCAUGUACCUGGGCGAACAUUUCCCGUCGACAUCCGUUUCUUGGAAGAUGCGGUGGAGCUCACUAAAUGGUCGAUCACCGAGAACUCCCCCUACGCCAAGCGACUUCACGAGAAGUUUUAUCGAGGCAAGAAGCGAACGGAGUGGACCGAGGAGACGGCUGCCAAUGAAGAUGACGAUGAGGAGUCUUCAUCUGAAAACGUCAAAUUGGAGAAACGCUACUCUGCUAAUACUAGCAUGACGAUCAACCUUCUUGAUGAACGCGUCAUGCUCUAUGACUUGAUCAUGAGGCUGUUGGAACGAAUUUGCUUCGAAGAUGAGAGUUAUGCAUCGUAUUCAGCUGCCAUCCUCAUCUUCAUGCCAGGUAUUGGGGAGAUUCGCCGUCUCAACGAUCUUCUAGCAGACCACCCGCUAUUUGGGACAGGUCAAGGCUUUCUGGUGUAUCCGUUGCACUCCACAAUCUCGAGUGAAAAUCAGGGUGCGGUGUUCGAUAUACCACCGCCUGGUAUACGAAAGAUCGUGAUCGCCACUAAUAUUGCGGAGACCGGGAUCACCAUUCCCGACAUCACUUGUGUCAUUGAUUCUGGAAAGCAUCGAGAGAUGAGGUUUGACGAAAAACGGCAAAUCAGUCGUCUAGUCGAGACUUUCAUUGCGAAAAGCAAUGCCGCGCAGAGGCGGGGGCGAUCUGGCCGUGUGCAAAAUGGCUUAUGCUUCCACCUCUUCACCAAGAUUCGUCAUGAUACCCAAUUGGCUGAUCAUCCACUGCCCGAGAUGAUGCGCCUGAGUUUAUCUGACCUUGCAUUGCGAAUCAAGAUCUUGAAGGUCAAACUGGGCUCUUCUAUCGAAGACGUGUUGUCGCGUGCAUUAGAUCCUCCUUCUUCAAUCAAUAUCCAGAGAGCUGUAUCAAUGCUCAUCGAAGUUCGCGCACUCACAUCUGCUGAAGAGAUCACGCCAAUGGGACGUCUGCUCAGUGCUUUACCAACGGAUGUCCAUCUCGGAAAAUUCCUUUUGACUGCAGCCCUUUUCCGAUGUCUUGAUCCUGCUCUCACUAUUGCUGCGACAUUGAACUCGAAAUCUCCAUUCCUGACCCCAUUCGGUCACGAAGAUGAGGCUGAUCGAGCUAAACUUUCAUUCCGGACAGAAAACUCUGACUUUCUAACGUUGCAUAACGCGUUCUCGAGUUGGCGCCGGGCCUCCGCGAAUCCCAGUUUUGUACGGAAGUUUUGCAGGAAGAAUUUUCUCAGUCACCAGAACUUACAGCAAAUCGAAGAGCUUCGCCAACAAUUCCUGGGCUAUCUGAUCGAUUCUGGGUUCAUCCAAGUAGACAGAGCUUUCGUGAAGGAACUUAGCCGAGCGCGCUAUGGUCGAAAUCGCACUCGGUUCAUCUCGGUGCCAGCAGAGCUGGAUAGCAAUUCUUCAAAUGUCGCCCUCACGAACGCAGCGUUGACAGCUGGUUUAUAUCCUAAAAUCUUAUCUAUAGAUUCCAACUCGCAGAUGCGAACGAUCACCAACAAUCAGGCUGUUUCUUUCCACCCAUCUUCUGUGAACUUCAGAAGGAAGCUUACUGACUUUGGAGUGAAUCAUUUGACGUACUUCACAUUGAUGCACUCGAAGAAGCUAUAUGCUUGGGAGACCGGUCCUGUAGAUGAUAUUGCACUGUUACUCUUGUGUGGUGAAUGCGAAUUCAAGCUCAUAUCCGACUCCGCCUUCAUUGAUCGCAAGAUCAAAUUCCGUUUACCACCAAAGACUAACGUCGCUCUCAAAUAUUUGCGGACACAACUCAACCUCCUCCUGGCUAGUCAGUUGCGUGGGAAACCUUUGACGGAGUCACAGGUGUUAUGGAUGGAGGUGGCAAUGGCGGUCAUGGGCAAGCUCAAAUUGGAAAAGGACAGUGACGAGCAGCAGCAGAAUUCGAUCCUGAACGUUGUUUUGCACUGA